UGUAUUGCCCUCCUCAUUUGAUUGAACAAUCAGCAGAAGUGAACAUCUAAAUCUGCUGGCCAUGGAGAAACGGUCACCUGUGGCCUAAACCAUUGACUCAUCACACAGUGACAUCAUGGAUCACACGUUUCCCAAUGUGACCGCUGUGUUCUUUGGGAAUUCUUCAUCAGUCCAGUUUGGACAUGAAAACAUUCUUCUAGGAGAAAAACAGACUAAUACAGAAAAUGCAGAAAUGUCCAGAAUUGUUCCUUUGCAGAGGAAGAUAUCAGAACGUCACAUCUCUGUGCUCAACAUAACUGGUUUACAUGAGACUGAACUUUACCUGGACUGUGUGGAUACUCUCAUUGGUCAGCUAGUGAAUGAAAAUGAAAUCCAUGCCUUCAUCUUUGUUGUGCGACUGGGCCAGUUAACCAAUGAUGAUCAGAUGGUUCUGGAAUGGCUUCAGAGAGUGUUUGGUGACAAAGUUCUUCAGUUUGUGAUGAUUCUCCUCACCUACGAGAGAGAAGAAGAGACUGACAUUAUAAUAGAUGAUCUGAAGAAAAACCCUGUUCUGGAGCAACUGCUGGAGAAAUGUGGAGGAAGAUAUCAAACCUGCAACAAAAGGAUGAACAACCAAUCAGAGAUGAGAGAACUGAUGAACAAGAUUGAGCUUCUGUUUAAUGAGAAUCAACAGCAGUGUUACACAAGAGAGAUAAACAAUACAGCAUUAAGACAGAAAGAAGAGUUGAAAAAGAGUGAAUGUGAAAGUGAUGAACAUUCAAUCAAUAAAGAAACAAGGGAGCACACCGCAACAGAGACAAGAGACCCACACAAGGGAACUACAGAAGAGCUUAGAACACACAGAGAGAAACCAGAUCAACAAGAAAAGGAAAUGCUUACAUGCUCAAAAAAGCUCUUUGACAGACUGAAUCUUAAAGGCAGGAAUGAUCAUGAACUGAGAGCUGCAGAUGUUGUUCAGUUAACUGAACAUUCCUUACAGUCUCGUGAAUCUUGUGCUGAAGAGGAGCUGAUUCAGACUCUCCUACAAAAACUACUGAUGAUGGACUACAGAGCAAGAUAUAUUCAUGUUAAUAAGGCCAAUGAAUGGGGACAAAUACAACAAAGAGAUAAUGACUCAGCUAAAUAUGAGUGUGACAUUUUCGAAGAAAUGUUUUUGUCUAAUGAAGGAUCAAAUCAGUCUGAGCGAAUCCACCCGAUGGAUGUUCAGAUGGCUGUGUUUCAUUGUGCUGAUGGUUUCCUGAAGCAGUUGAUGGUCACUAAACUGUCCCAGUGUCAGUACGCUCUGCCUCUGCUUGUUCCUGAUCCAUUCACACAACAGAUUGAGUUUCCUCUCUGGACAUUCAGACAAAUCAACAAGAGCUGGAAGAUGAAAAACACCAACAAUGAGAUCAUCAGUCAAACCCAACCGAUCUACAAGGCACAAACUCCAAUGGUGUCUUUCUUCAGGUUUGGCUCUGUGUCUUCAUCCAAGUCUCAGCUGAUGAACAGUCUGAUCAAUGAGAAACACAACACGUUCUUCCACAGGAACUGUCCAGGCAGCAGCAGAACCAGAGUCCUGAUGGAUGGAGUGGUGGAGAUCGCCUGGUUCUGCCCCUCUGGGAAAAACACGGAUAAAUUCACUGACUGUGUUGCGUUCUGUAAUCUACACGGUGAUGCUGGAGAUCAAGAGAAACAACUGAAGAUCCUCACUGAAAUGGCCUCAGUCAAUGUUGUUCUUCUACCACAACUUCAGAGGGAUGACAGAAGCAUAAUAAAAGUUCAAAACCUCUACAAGGACUCAAAGCCACUCAUUUGUCUUUUUACCGAGGAUGUUUCAACUCUCAUUGAGACACGGAAAGGAAAAUACAAGAUUGGACUGAAAGACAGAAAUCAAUCAGAUGUGUCUGAAGAACUCAGAAGAGCUAUAAAUAUUUGUCUCUCAUCUUCAGAAUCAUCUUCCACUUUCAGACUUGAAGAUGUGUCCAAACACUCAGACAUCAGAGUAGAUGAGGAAGAUGAUGAAGACUGCAGGAGAGGAAGAGAAGCAGCACAGCAGAUGAUGAGUUUACUGGAGAAGAAAGAUCUGACAGAAAUCAAAGACUCAUUUCUGCCUCAUCAGGGGAAACUGUGGCAUCAGUGGAGUCAGAAGAACAAAGAACUACAUCGACCUAAAGCAGAUGAGAUUGAAAAGGAAAUAAGUAAAAAACAGACAGAAAUGAAGAAAAUUCGCCAACAACAGCAUACGCAUGGCAUCAGCGAGUUUAUGAAGUCUUUUAUUAAAGAAAUGAACUCAAAUGCUGCAAAUAAGAACAUGUUUUUUCUCAAAUGGCUCAGAAUCCUCCUGGAUGAAUAUACAUCAGCUGACCUUUCUAAUCUGCAUCACAAAUAUGAUGAAACAUGGUCAAAUGUCUUAAAACUGAAAGAGAAAAAUGAUAAUUCUGAAAAACUUAAAGAUGAACAAUCUGACCUUGAGAGAAUAUCUGAGGAACUUCAAGCAGCAACAUUUGGGGUGGAGCACAUCAUGAGGGAGAUCGGUCAGAUCUAUGAAUCAUGUUCAUCUGUGGAGAAGAACAAGAAAGAUCUGCCGUUUCACUUCUCUUCUCUCCCGAGUCUCGCAGCAGAGAUGAUGAUAUCUGGAUUUCCACUGGAGCUGAUGGAUGGAGAUGCUGCUCAUGUUCCUGUGAUCUGGAUCUCUGCUGUUCUAGAUAAACUCAUCCAGAAACUGGGAGACAGAGAGUCUUUGUGCUGUCAGUUUUAG